AUAGGACAAUAUUCGCUGCAGAAGACAUAAAAGAAGAUGGUUCAGGUACGCUUUUCUCAAUUACAAGUUAGAAUAAAAUCCAUGGCUGCUUAUAUAAAUCAACUCGACGCCCAAAAUUCACAAACCCUAAAUCCCCAAUUCCACGAUGGAAUUGAACCCUAAAUCCCUCUUCCUAGAUCACCACAGCACAAUCUCUGCUCCUCCUCCUCCGCCGGCGGCGCCGCCGCCGGCCCCCCACGCCCACCACCAGCCCCAUUUCUUUUAUUGGGGCAAAGAAGCCCAAUUCCUGUUCUCGGGCUGGCCCGAUAACCACACGGGCAUGUACGCCCUUGCUAUCAUCCUCGUCUUUUUUGUCGCCAUUGUUGUGGAGUUUCUCUCCAAUCUUGAUUUGGUGAAACCCGGUUCACACCGGACCGCCGCCGUGUUCUUCCAGGCCGGGUUCCACGCGGUUCGGGCCGGGCUCCGGUAUAUGGUGAUUCUGGCCGUGAUGUCGUACAACGGCGGCGUUUUUAUCGCCGCCGCUUUGGGCCACGCCGUUGGGUACGUCAUUUUUGGAAGUGGGCUUUCGAGAAAGGAGGCGAGGCCCAAUAGGUGCAUUUAAUGGGCCAAUUAUUUGUCCCAAACGAAUAAUUUCCUGAGCUUGCUUAAAAAAAAAACUUUAAGAUUAAUAAUUGAAAAUUUUCCAGAUUUUAAUGAAUUGAGUGUUUUUUGGAUUUUUAUUUUUUAUUUUUAUUAU